UUUGUCUAUACUCUGCGCACUACUUUAAAUAUACUAAUAUGCCAAGUAUUGCCACUCUGACAUGGUAAUACUGAGUAAUACAGCCUUGUGUGGCAUUUAGGGACACAUACCUGAGACAGAAAGGCAGGAAACAAAUGCAGUUACGUCAGACAACACAAACACACACAUACAUACACACACACACACACAUACACCCACACACAAACUCACCAAAGGUCAAAACUGAUCUGCAUGUUGGGGAGUUCAGAGCUUCCAGGAAGUAACGAGAGAAAAAGUCAGUUGCUUAAGAGAGCAGCGGCACAGAAGUGCAUGGGAUGUGACAGAAUCUGGGCCUCUCUAAGUUUCACCGCUCCUCUUCAUCAUGAUCAACACCUACCAGACCAGCCUGGCUCCACCGCCGGUGCCUCCACGCCUCAGCAGGUCUCACCAGGUCCUCAUCCCAGGGCCACUUCCAUCACAGGGCCACAGCAAGUAUCUCGUCCGGUUUUUGGUCGGUGUGGUGCUGCUGCAAUUAUUUCUGUCGGUCGGAGGAUUCAUCUAUCUGUACAACAAAGACCAAAAGUUUCCACCUCGGUCUCACUCCGCUAAAAUAAAAGCAGGAAAAGCUGAUGCCCUCUCGUCAGAGCUUGAAGAAGCUUCCAACAAAGUUUUGGCGCGCAUGGUGGUUAAGCAGCGACCACACACACCAGAUCAGAAACCUGAACCGGGUUACCUCCAGUGGGACUGGGAACACUCAACUCUGACGAACAUCAGGCCUUACUACAACAGCUGGCUGACCAUCCUGCAGUCAGGUGACUAUUACGUCUACUCCAGGGUGACCUUCUCCAGGGGCGACUCCAAGCUCCCCCUGGCCAGCAGAGUGAUGCUAAAUAAGACAGCAAAUGAGGAGAAGAUUGUGAUGCAGUCCUUCUGCAGCCUGGACAGCAGUGACGGGACUGCAGUGGUCCCUCGCCUGUGCACGGCCACACAGGGAGAGGUGAUCACGCUGGAGGAGGGAAACCGGCUCAGCGUCUGGAUACAGGACCUUUCACUGGUGAACUACGAGAAAGAAGCCACGACCUUUGGGAUGUACAAACUUGGGGAUCCUAUGUGAGCACAUGCAUGGACCUAACCUGGACGGUGGGGACUAUUUGAGUGGAUGGACUUGGAUUUAAAUUGACUGAGAACACUGUUAAAUAGACUGGACCAAUAAUCAAACUAAAGGAUUGUGAUCUUUUUGGGGGAUUUCAGGGACAAACACAUUCCCAAACUAUAUUCCUAUAUUUAAUUUAUUAAAUCAAACAUAUUUUUUGUGUGGCAAUGUUGUGAAUGGUUGCUCUGUAUUUAUUGAUGCAAAUGAGUUUGUAUGGCUGUGAAAUGAAACUUUGAUAUUUAAUCGAAAAUAUUUCUUCUCUUCUUACUUUGUCUUGAAUCAUUUAGAUCACAUUUAGGUCAGAGUUAGGUCAGAGUAAUUUUGCAAAAACAGAUGGGACCGAUUCUAAACCAAAUUAACAAUCAGUUUGAUUGAUUUUCCUUUGAGUGCACUUUUUUUUUGUAAAAAUUUUUUUUUGGCUUUUAUUGCCUUUAUUAGAUAGGACAGGUAUAGGGUGGAGAGGAGAUGACAUGGAGCAAAAGGCUGAGGCCAGACUCGAACCUGAGGCCGCUGUGGCGAGGCUACGACCUCAAUACACGGGGCACCUUCUCUACUAACUGAGCCACCAGGUGCCCCACUUUUUCUUUUUUUUUUAAA